AUGAAAUUCGACGCUGACGGUUGCAAUACGUCGUUUAUUGGAGCAUUAUCUUUGACUAACUCUGUUCGCAGUCACUUUUUUGCAGUGUCCGACCUUAGCGCUACGACAACCUGCCGAAUGACGACAAUACAAUUUUCGGAACAAAGCGACCGCGCCGUCGCCUCGUCGCUUUUUCGGCGCCAACGCUCCUUAUUGAGCAACUUUGGCAACACUGAUCCAGGAUGGCCCACUCAACGGAUUUCUUUAGCGCUCUGCCAGAAUACGACUCAUUGCGAUCCAUGCUCUGCGCAAAAGUUUGGCGCCGCAUGGCGCGGCAACAUUGGUGUCUUUCGUGCGCAUGUUUAUCUUGUCGGUUGCAUUGAAAUGAAAUGGGUUGAGUGA